AUGCAAGUUGCCCUUACAUUUGAUACGCCUGGAGUCAUAGCCGUUGUCAUGACCGGUUGCCAUGUUUUGAAAUCGACUCCUCGAGUUCCGCUGCGGCUGAACUUCACCGCGGCGUCAGAGCUCCGAGCCUGCCAGCAACUACUUCCGAGGCUAACUCGGAACGUCAUGUCGAAACGUAAUCUGGCCUCACCCUCGACCCCAUCGAGGAAGAAGUCGAAAGGCAGCUCAGAUCAGCACAGCCUCCACAGGUACUUUGACGCAUCUGCCAAGAGGGAGUCCACUGCUAGCCCUUCCAAGAGCAAGGCGAAACAGAAGGCCCAUACUAUUCCGACCGCGGCUGGCGUCCAGCUCCAGAACGACCAUAUCGACAUCACUGCUGAUGACGCAUUAUAUGCAUGGAAGUUAGCAGAGAAGGACGGGCUUGACUUGGAUACGUUGCGCAAGCUCGAGAACGCCAACAGUCGAGGUGCCCAAGUCCCACGACCCGCAACGGUGGAAGUGAUAGAUGUCGAUCUUGAGGACGAGAUCACCCCGGCAGCCGCAACCUCUACAACUGAAAUUGCAGGACCGUCUACUCCCACUCUCCGUCCAGCUACUCGUUCUAUUCCCGGCAGUCCUUCAGUAUCGCCACAAGCAGCUCAGACUUACAGCGCCCUUCACGUGCAUCCAGCUCAUUAUGACCUGGAAUCUGGUACUUGGCCUACAGGCUCACCGGCGCCGUAUUCGUUUCUCGCCCAUACUUUGGCUACGGUAUCGGGUACACGGUCUCGGAUAACGAUCUUGAAUACACUGACGAACGCGUUGCGAACCAUUACGAUGCAUCAUCCACCUUCUCUCCUACCGGCGCUUUAUCUACUCUCCAAUUCGCUCUCACCCCCAUAUUCUCCGAUUGAAUUAGGAUUGGGGCCUUCCAUUGUCUCUAAAGCGAUUCAAAACAUAUCAGGUCUCACUUCUGCAGCAUUGAAACGCCUGUACACUUCAACUGGAGAUGCAGGUGACGUCGCCUUCGAGGCUAAGUCAAAUGUGCGCACCUUGAUUCCACAUCCGCCGCUCCUCAUUAUUGGCGUCUAUGGGUCGCUUCUCAAGAUUGCCCACGCAAAAGGACAAGGUGCCACGAAACAGAAACAGUCGAUAGUGGAGCAGCUCCUUGUUGCUGCGAAAGGGGAAGAAAUUCGGUUCCUAGUCCGAACCUUAUCCCAGAACCUGCGAGUGGGCGCUGUUAGGACGUCGAUAUUGACUGCACUAGCUCGUGCCAUGGUUUUGACUCCGCCGCCGGGUCUCUCUGUGCCUAUUCCUUCCGAUUCUCCUUUUUGUGUCUCACCUGAAAUCAUGCUACGCGCUAAAGCUACCACUACAAACGCGAAGAAGAAGCAUGGUGAUCGACCGGAAGACACCCUUAACGAGUUUUUUGACAAGGCGGAGGGUUUAGUGAAGAAAGUAUACGUUCAACAUCCCAAUUAUGAUCAUAUCGCUACUGCCCUCCUCGAGGCGGGCUUGGACGGUCUCGCGGUACGGUUACCGCUCACUGUAGGUAUCCCGCUACUGCCUACGCUGGGCUCGCCUACCCGUUCCCUGGACGAGAUUUAUAGUCGGUUGGAGCUUUUACCCUUCUCUGCGGAGUUCAAGUACGAUGGUCAGCGUGCCCAAAUCCAUGCCUCCAGGGAUGACAACUCACAAGUUUAUGUGAAACUUUUCUCCCGUCACUUGGAGGAUAUGACGGACAAGUAUCCAGACGUGGUAGCACUUGUCACAGACAUGUGCAAGUCUCGAGCGGGUUCUUUUAUCAUUGAUGCUGAAAUCGUCGCCAUUGACCCUAAUAGCGGUAGUCUGAAGUCAUUCCAAGACCUAGCAAACAGGGCACGCAAAGACGUGAAACUUGAUGACGUCAAGAUUUCGGUCUGCGUCUAUGCCUUCGAUAUCAUGUAUCUCGACGAGCAGAUUCUUUUGGAACGGCCAUUUCGAGAACGCAGAGCUCUCCUACGAUCUCGCUUCCCUCCUGUAAUACCCGAACAGAAGGGUGCUGCUCGGUUCGACCAUGUACAAAGCUGUGAGAGCGAGGAAGGCCGAGAAGCUAUCGAGGAGUUUUGGCAGACAGCAGUGAAUAGUUCCUGCGAGGGACUUAUGAUAAAACUCCUAGACAAUGGCGAAGUCCUUGAAGAUUCUGAAAAGGGAAAAUCAAGACGAAAGCCGUUGCCAGCUACAUAUGAGCCUGACAAACGAACAUCUGCGUGGCUCAAACUGAAGAAGGAUUAUGUCACCGGCCUGGGGGACAGCCUUGAUCUCGUUCCCAUUGGUGCAUGGCAUGGCAAUGGAAGGAAGGCGCAGUGGUGGAGUCCGGUCUUGCUCGCUGUAUGGGAGUCGGAAACGGGCAAAUUGGUUGGUGUUUGCAAAUGCAUGUCAGGAUUCUCCGACGUUUUUUAUAAAAACAUGAAAGAACGUUACCCGGAAAACUCGGAGACUUGCUCACGACAGCCGUUGUGGAGUCCUGCUGUAGAGACUGGGGGCCUUCGACCAGAAGUAUACUUCAAACCUCAGGAAGUAUGGGAGAUACGUGGCGCCGACAUCACAAUGAGUCCAGUCUCGGUCGCUGCCUUAGGUCUGGUCUCGCAGACAAGAGGACUCAGUCUCCGGUUCCCUCGUUUCAUCAAAAUCAGGGAAGACAAAGGUCUAGAACAAGCCAGCACUCCAGAAUUUCUGGCAAAUAUGUAUCGCAUUCAGCAAGCCACAGGCAAGGAUAGGACGGGUGCUGAUGAUGGUGAUCUUGUGGAUGUUGAUUUGGAGGACGCUGAGCGGAUGGACUCUGAGGCUUCUACUGGCUGA